AUGUAUAGCAAUAAUGUUUGGUUUAUGGAUGAUCGACAUCUAAAGAGUUUUUGGAACUAUCACCGGGCAGCUUUACGGUGGUUUAAUGCACAUCAAGCAGCUCGUGAAUACGCGGUCAAUGGUUCAUCUGAUAUGAUUAACAUCAAUAAAACAGCACGAACCAGCAACAACGAUUCUUUAUCAGAUGAAAGACAGGGGUCAUCUUCAGGAGACAUGGGCGAAGACAUUGAUAUGAGUAGCGAAAUGGCUGCUUUUUUCAGACAAACAAUAGAGCACAGAAAACAGAGAGAUGCUGAUCGAAGCAAAGAAGCCAAGAGAUAUAAGGAAGAUAGUUGCAUCACAGAAGAUCAUUAUGUAAUGGCUGAUAAGAUUGGUGUUUAUGGCAACGAAAAACGAUCAUUUCAACUGCCUAAUGGACCUGCUGAACGACUAAAAAAGUUCGAUAAAAUGAAGGAAUUAUAUGGCAAUGAUGCUGAGAAAAUUUUGGCAAUGGAAGCACAUUUAGAUCUCCGAUUCGAACAGAAUUAUUCUCAACCUGGUGCACACUUAUGGCCAAAUAUACCCUUGAAAUUAUCAUGA